UUGACGUUCACCCAUGGCUCCUCCUUAAACGUUUUCCCCCUUUUCCAGCGUCGUGCGUUGAUUUCAUACCAAACUCAUACUUCGCAUUCCACCUUAACUGUCAAACCGGGAGAAAUAUUUAUUGAAGAUAAAAAAGGCUCCUCAAAAAUAGUGUAUGAAUUCGGUUAGAUUUUAACUUGCUCCUGGAGUAGGAGAGUAAAUUAUCGACUAAAGCAUCCCCCAGUCCAGCGGGAGGGCGUGGCCUCUGCGCGGGGCCCGGGCAGAUCGAGCACCAUUGCGUCCCACGAGUGGAGCGCGGACAGCAGUCCGGAGCCGGCGCUGGACGACGACGGCGGCGGCGGCGGCAGCGAUGAGCUGGACAAGGCCAUGGACGGCGACGCCGAGGGCGUCUGGAGCCCCGACAUCGAGCAGAGCUUCCAGGAGGCGCUCGCCAUCUACCCGCCCUGCGGCCGCCGCAAGAUCAUCCUGUCCGACGAGGGCAAGAUGUACGGUCGCAAUGAACUGAUAGCCAGAUACAUCAAGCUCCGGACAGGGAAAACCCGCACGAGAAAACAGGUGUCUAGUCACAUACAGGUGUUAGCCAGGAAGAAGGUUCGAGAGUACCAUACGGGCAUAAAGGUUUCUAGCCACUUGCAGGUUCUUGCACGGAGAAAGACUCGCGAGAUGCAGUCAAAGCUGAAGGCCAUGAAUUUGGAUCAGGCCUCCAAAGACAAGGCUCUGCAGAACAUGGCGGCGCUGUCUUCAGCUCAGAUCGUGUCUCCCAGCCUAAUGAAGAGCCCCCCGCCCUCGCUGCCCCAGCCAGCCUACCCCGCCUCUGCCAGGUUUUGGCCGACCCACAUCCCAGGACAGCCUGGACCCUCUCAGGAAAAGCUUGAGGCCACACCUGAAAGCUUCUCACCCAAAACCUUCUUUUCUAGCAUCAAACCGUUUGCACAAACCCACUACCCUAAUCUGCAAGGCCCAGUGCCCUCCUCUAUGUCAUCGUACGAGCACCUGGCGCCCCCUCUCGCCCCGUCCGCCAUGGCGGUGCCCAUGUGGCAGGACCGGGCCAUCGCCUCGUCCAAACUCAGGAUGCUGGAGUAUAGCGCCUUCCUGGAGGUCCCCAAGGACGCGGACAUGUACAGCAAGCACCUUUUUGUGCAUAUCGGGCCGUCGAGCCCGUCCUACAGCGAGGCUCUCCUGGAGGCCGUGGAAAUCCGGCAGAUCUACGACAAGUUCCCCGACAAGAAGGGCGGGCUGAGGGACCUGUACGAGAAGGGCCCCAAGAACGCCUUCUUCCUGGUCAAGUUCUGGGCUGACCUGAACAGCAGUGGUCUGCAGGACGGUCCUGGCUCCUUCUAUGGAGUGAACAGCCUCUACAGCAGCAACGAGAACAUGACCAUCACCGUCUCCACCAAGGUCUGCUCCUUUGGCAAGCAGGUGGUGGAGAAAGUUGAGACGGAGUACGCUCGGUCGGAGGGGGGGCGGUACGUUUACCGAAUCCAGCGCUCUCCCAUGUGCGAGUACAUGAUCAACUUCAUCCACAAGCUGAAGCACCUCCCGGAGAAGUACAUGAUGAACAGCGUGCUGGAGAACUUCACCAUCCUGCAGGUUGUGACCAAUAAGGAGACUCAGGAGACUCUGAUGUGCAUUGCAUUUGUCUUUGAAGUGUCGACAAGCGACCACGGGACACAAUAUCACGUCUAUCGGCUGGUCAAUGACUGAGGGUCCUACUGGGAAGGCGGACUGGAGCACAAGCUGUCCUCGGACUGCCUGACUACAAAUGAAAAAACACACACACGCGCACACACACACGAUCCCAAAAUGUUGAACAAAGCAAAAAUAGCAAAUAUCUAUGAUAUGAAGGUGGAGUGUCGCUACUUUCAUGUUUGUAAAAUGGGAAAUAUAUGAAGUUUUAAAAAGA